AGCGCCACCUAGUGCCCCGUGCGGGGCUUCUCCGUAGGCGUGCCCCCCCCACGUGUCUCUAUGGUCAGCCCCCCCCCGUGGCAGGGCAUUGUGGGACCGGGGUGGAGCCGGGCUUGACAUUUCGCUCCCAGCUGAGCGCAGAGCAGGACGGUGCAUGGGGGCGCGGGGCUCUUAAAGGGCCAGCGCCGCGAAGGGGGGGCAGUCCCGUGGCACCCCCAUGCCGUGGUCUGCGAGCCGGGUGGCCGGGCGGCUGGCCCGGGGGGUGACGGCCAGGCGGGUGGCCCUGGCUCUGGCGGUGGCCGCCCUGGGCGCCCGGAAACUGUACCCCCUGCUGCGCCGGGCCACCACCGGCUCCCGGCACGUGGUCCCGGGGCCCGGGGCCGACUCGGGCCACGGCCGGCCCGUGGCUCAGUGGCCGGAAGAAGAGGCCACGCCCGGCAUCAACCGGGCUUUCCUGCGGCGGCUCCUGCGGCUCCUGCGGCUGCUGUUCCCCGGCCCGCUGUGCCCGGAGACGGGGCUGCUGGCCCUGCACUCGGCCGCCCUGGCCAGCCGCACCUUCCUCUCGGUCUACGUGGCCCGGCUGGAUGGGCGCUUGGCCCGCUCCAUCGUCCACAAGAGCCCCCGGCGCUUUGCCGGGCAGCUGCUCCAGUGGCUGCUCAUCGCUGUGCCCGCCACCUUCGUCAACAGCGCCAUCCGCUACCUGGAGGGCCGGCUGGGCCUGGCCUUCCGUGGCCGCCUGGUGGCCCACGCCUACGGGCGCUACUUCCACGCCCAGACCUACUACCGGGUCAGCACCAUGGAUGGGCGCCUGCAGGCGCCGGACCAGUCGCUCACCGAGGAUCUGGUGGCCUUCGCCGGCUCCGUGGCCCACCUCUACUCCAACCUGACCAAGCCGGUGCUGGACGUGGCCGUCACCACCUAUGCCCUGCUGGGGGCGGCCCGGGCCAAGGGGGCCGGCACGGCCUGGCCCUCGGCCAUCGCCGGCCUGGUGGUCGGCCUGACGGCCAAGGUGCUGCGGGGCUGCUCGCCCCGCUUCGGGGAGCUGGUGGCCGAGGAGGCCCGGCGCAAGGGGGAGCUGCGCUACCUGCACGCCCGGGUGCUGGCCAAUGCUGAGGAGAUCGCCUUCUACGGAGGGCACCAGGCGGAGCAGGCCCUGCUGCAGCUGCUAGGGGCGCUGGCUGCCCACCUGGACCUGGUGCUGCUGCAGCGGCUCUGGUACGUGAUGCUGGAGCAAUUCCUCAUGAAGUACGUGUGGAGCGCGGCCGGGCUGCUCAUGGUGGCCGUGCCCAUCGUCACGGCCACCGGCUACUCCGAGAGUGACUCGGAGCAGGUGAAGCGAGCCGCGCUGGAGAUGAAGGAGGAGGAGCUGAUAGGCGAGAGGACCGAGGCCUUUACCACGGCCAGGAACCUGCUGACCGCAGCUGCCGACGCCACCGAGAGAGUCCUGGCCGCCUACAAAGAGGUGACGGAGCUGGCCGGUUACACCACCCGGGUCUAUGAGAUGUUCCAUGUGUUUGAGGACGUGCAGCGUGGGCGCUUUACCCAGCCCGGUGAGGCAGAGGAGGGCAGAGACCAGGCCACAGCCAUGAUGAGGCCCGGGGUGCGCGUGGAGGGACCCCUCAGGAUUCGUGGCCGAGUCGUGGAUGUGGAAAGUGGAAUCAUCUGUGAAAACAUCCCAAUUAUCACCCCCACCGGGGACGUGGUGGUGGCCGGCCUGAACCUCAGGGUGCACGGGGACAUGCAUCUGCUCAUCACUGGCCCGAAUGGCUGCGGGAAAAUCCUCUUCCGGAUCCUCGGGGGGCUGUGGCCGGCCUACGGAGGGGUCCUCUACAAACCACCCCGCCAGCGCAUGUUCUACGUGCCCCAGAGGCCCUACAUGUCGGUGGGCUCCCUGCGAGAGCAGGUGAUCUACCCCGACACGGCCCAGGACAUGGCGCAGAAGGGGCUGACGGACGCCCACCUGGAGCAGAUCCUCAGCGUCGUCAGCCUCAACUACAUCGUCCAGCGGGAGGGAGGCUGGGAGGCCGUCAGCGAUUGGAAGGACGUCCUGUCGGGGGGUGAGAAACAGCAUGGGAUGGCCCGCAUGUUCUAUCACAGCCCACAGUAUGCCCUGCUGGACGAGUGCACCAGCGCCGUGAGCAUCGACGUCGAGGGGCGCAUCUUCCAAGCCGCAAAGGAUGCUGGGAUCUCGCUGCUCACCAUCACCCACCGGCCCUCACUAUGGAAGUACCACACCCACGUGCUGCAGUUCGACGGGGAGGGCGGCUGGAAGCUGGAGCGUCUGGACGCGGCCGCCCGGCUCUCGCUGACGGAGGAGAAGCAGCGGCUGGAGACGCAGUUGGCCGGGGUCCCCCGAGUCCAGCAGCGCCUGGCCGAGCUCUGUCAGAUCCUGGGGGACGACGUCUCCCCUGGCCCAGCCAGGGUCCCCCACAGCUCGGCCUGAAACACAGGGAGGGGAUCUCGCGGAGCACCUCCUGUUGUCCCAAUAUGGUGUAUGUGGGGGGGGGGACCAUUAAAAGUCCCCUGGGAGUUGGGGUGAUCCUGGCUGCCCCCCAUCUCCAAGUGAUUGAAGUACAGGGCCCCUCCCCCUGCCCAGCUCCCCAAUCACCCCCCGUCACUGAGCAUUUCAGGGGGCCUUCUGCAGCACCCCCAAUUUUUAGUGCACUUAAUGCCUCUUCCCGCUGCCAUUGAAGGCAGCCUAUACUGUGAAAUAGGGGGUUCAUGCCAUCCCCUAGCUCCUUAGUCCCUCACAGCGCCCCAAAGAAUCCAUUGCACAAGCAGUGCCACUGCCAAGACCCCCCCCAGAGAAGCUGGCCCCCCAGGUCUCUCUCCGGCUCCCCCCAGACCUCUCAACAGUGUGGGGCGCACAAGGGCAGUGGGACAUGCUCACGGCUCCCCCAUGACAGGGCCCCCCAGGAUUUUCAGGGUGGAGCUUGCUGAUCCCAGACCCCCUGACCCCCCAGCUAGCCGCACAAGAUUUUAUACUAACCCAGACUGGAGAAUGUAGCUACUGGUGGGUGCAGAGGAACCAGCCUGUUGCUUUGAUUCCCCUGGGUGUGGCAGACACAGCUCCACUUUGAUUUGGUUUGAGAACCAAUUUAAAUCCCUGUGUGGACGCUCUGAAUUCUCUUUAAGAAGGAGUUAAACUGGUUUAAACCCCCAUCUAGAUGCUCUUAACUCAAUUUACAAACCAGUUCAGUGGCUGGUUCUUAAACUGAUGUAAAGUUAAAUCAAUUUAAAUCCUCACCUGGAUGCACUGAAUUUGGUGUAAGAACC